GCUUUUGUCGUUACGGGACUUUACUGUUGAAGAUGGCGAUGGUUGAUGGUGAAGUCGAAGCUUUAUACGCUUACAGCUACGAUGCCGGCGACGGCAGGAAGGUCACCUUUGAUGCUGGUGAAAAGUUUACACUGUUAAGUAAAGCUAAUGAUGACUGGUGGCAUGUACAACGUAAUGGCGAGAAGCCCAUGUACGUUCCUGCUAACUACGUGCGUGAGCUAGAGCUUCCACCUGAGGGCAAGCAAAUGGAAGACGACAAACUCGUUCGAAUGACUGGACGAAGUAACAGUACUCCAACUAAAAGUGUUAGUGACAAUAAUGGUGUUUACGAUAACGAUGAUUCCUCAGUCUUUAAAGACGAUGAGGUUAUACAAUCAACAACGUGGAAUAGUGAACAACCAAAGCUACUCUCCCCAGGAAUACGUUCCUUGGCAAAAUCACUCCAAAAUACUGGUGUUCCACUUCGUGGUAGUAUAUCUUCAAAAGGCAAUGAAAGACCGAAAUCCCAGUCCUUACCAGGAGGAUGGGUGACAGCAAAGGACGAGGAAUCAGGAAGACCAUAUUAUUAUAAUUCAAAAACUAACGAAACAAGCUGGAAACCACCAAGAGUUUCUAGAUUUAUAUUUGAGCAAGAAAAUGUUCCCAAUGGCUGGCACGUGAAGACUGGUGACAGUCCUGAUGAGUUACUAUAUUACAAUCAAGAAAAUGAUGAUGUUUGGGGUAGAUUAUCAGACGACGAAGGAAAGACUUAUUAUUACAAGUUAGAUGGRUCAGAAACAGCUUGGGAAUUGCCACAGAUGCAGUCAUCUUAUCGGCAGUCGUUUGAAGCGCUUGAUGUUACGUCCCAAAGAAGAGCAAAGUCACCAAGUAUGAGUGAAAGGAAGGCCAAGAGUCGUUCUCUGUUGCCUAUGGGCCGUUCAUCCGGAUCAGUUAGUAGAUAUUUCCCUCCAUCAUCAGAUAACUUUGAGUUAGGGACCCCUAGUUUUCACCGUAGAACAGAUUCGUGUGUGUCAGAAGAGAGUUUAUCAGAUGCUGAAGAAAACUGGCCACCACCUCCUCCUGAUGAAUAUGUCAUGGUGAACAAAACAAUCCAAGCAGAAACAGCUGAAAAGCAGGCAUUGUUCAACCGUAAGAAGAUAGCUAACAGUGGGAACAAGAAAAUCAAGAGACCAUCAUGGUCAACAACUUUUGUUGCACUUUUUUCAUCCAAUUUGGUAUUUUAUAAAGAUCAGAAGUCUGCACAACCAAGAACUGGUCUYCCACAUGGAAAGCCUGAGAGUAGCUGUGACUUAAGAGGAGCGACAUUAGAAUGGGCACCAUCCUCUGCCACCAGGAAAAGGAAUGCUUUUCAAUGUUCAGCAGUAUCAACGAAGAAGACUCCUCAGUUGUUGGCUCUGUUCAAGAAAAAGCCAUUUCAGACGAUAAUAAAUCAAACAUAAAAGAUAAAUUACUCAAGUUUAUCACAAGRCGACCGACUAUUGAUGAAUUAGAAAAGAAAGGAAUUUUGAAAGAGCAAACGUUUGGUUGCCCAAUACAGCAUCUUUGUGAUAGGGAGAAGGUCACCGUUCCAAAUUUCGUUACGUCGUGUAUACAGGCUAUUGAACAGAGAGGUUUGACAUUUGAUGGUCUUUAUCGAGUCUGUGGCAACGUCUCACUAGUUCAACGUAUCAGGAUCAGUACAGAUCAAGAGGAGCCCAUUCAACUUGGUGUAAAGCCAUUUGAUGACGUCCACGCCCUUACAGGAUCCCUCAAACUGUAUUUUAGAGAGCUUCCCGAGCCAUUGGUUCCAUUUGAUUUCUUUAGUGGAUUCGUGGAAGCAAUAAAGCAAAACUCGAAGAAUGCCAAACUUGGUGCACUAAAAAGUCUUGUUGGGCAGCUUCCCAAAGUCAACUAUGAGACUCUCAAAAUGCUUCUUGGUCAUUUAAGCAAAGUGGAGCAUGAAUCUGAAUCAAACAGAAUGCACGCGCAAAACCUUGCAAUCGUCUGGGGACCGAAUAUGAUGCGGCCUCGUUAUGAAGCAGCCAACAUGGCGAUGAACAUGGUAUAUCAGAAUCAAAUCGUUGAAUUCCUGCUGCUCGAAUAUACAGAAAUAUUCAAAUGAAUAUGAAUAAAGGUAUAAGUAUCAUCCAUUCGCCAUACGAGUUCUGGUCUAGCCCAGCUAUUGGCYUGUACAGUACUAGAUGGAACCUCUCCUUACCGACACCUCUAUACAACGGACACAUUGAUAUUACGAACGUCUCUCUGUUCACUGAUAUCUCUAGUUUACCCGUUUACCAGUACAGUCGCCAUCUUGAAUUAUGUUAACAUUAUGAGAUCAUGGUAUCCAAGUUCCGUAAAACCAAUAAUUGUUAUAUCGGGAAGGAUUGCUUUUUUGAUAAUUUCAUGUUUUAAAUUAUGAUUAUUGCUUCAAAACACUUGAUUUUCACAAUUUAGAACAUGACAUUCUCAACGUUUUGCAGUAUUUUAACUCGCCACCAGUGGAAUUCAAGAUGGUGGCUUUAGUGGUACUGAUAAAACUAUUUGCUUCAAAGCCUUGGGGAGGGAGGGUAUAUUCAGUCGGCAAUAAUUAUUACAAUUAAAUCCCUCAAACUCAAAAUAGCAAAAACAAUCUAAAAGUUAAAAAAUACCAAGGGAAGUAUUUGGGAUAUUAUCGCAUGCAAUCGUACUGACGCGGUGACAAUCGUGUUUGAAAAUUGKGAAUAUAUUUUUUAGUGAGAUCCAUCUAGGAAUGGAGAAUCCAGGCAUCAUUGAAUCAACUCAAGUAAAAAGAGUCAAAUAGAAUGAAGUCGUUGAACCCGAGAAACAAAUGUUGGCUAUUAGUCCACUGAAUACAAACUCAAUUAGAAAAUUGAAUUAGAGCGUACUGAGGUGUAUUAGUGUAAUAUCUAUUUCACGGGKUUUUUUUACUUCAGUCAACUUACUAAACAAGUACCAACACUAGAGUGUGCAUUAUUAAUACCACUAAAUUCUGCUAGACUGGACUAAAUUCUAUCUAAAUUUAGUUUUAAACAGUGUAAAGUUUUGCACAACUUUAGAGUUUGUACAAUUGCCAUAGGUCUAAUUAGUUAGCUAUGGAGAUUGCGCAAAGAGGACCCUUUAGAGUGAAGCCAUUAAACCCGUGAAACAAAACCUGAAUAUUAAAGUGUGAUAGUCAAAUAGCCACAAAAGAGAACAAUGCGAUUAGUGCGUACUAAGUUGUAUUAGUGUAAUAUCUAUUUCACGUUUCUUUUGACGUCACUCCUCAAGUCGUGAAAUAUAAAUUAUAAAUGCGAAAUGUGUUUUAGAUAACGGGAAUAUGGAAGAUUUUUAAUGAUUUUAAUUUUUAAGUAAAUUAAGGUAUUAAUUCAAACGGGACGCAUUUUUACACAUUCUUUGUAUACAUCGUUCUCCUGCCCAACCACAGAAUAGAUAGAUAGUCAAUAUGUCAAUCUUUUCAUGUACUAAUCAGUCAUGGGCUAUUAUUUCUUCCAAGGCCACACGGAAACAAAAAUAAAUAUGUCUAUUUUUAAAUUGAAUUUUUACUACGAGUUAMGCAUAACAUAAUCAGAAAAAAGGGAAAACACAUUAGAAUGAUAUCAAGCGUUUAUUCUGCGAAGUACGAGAUUUUUAUGAGUAACAAGCAUACGGCAUAAGACAGAUGACAGAAGCGCAAGCAUAAGACCAAGAGAAAAGGAUAAACAAUUUGGAUCCUURUAAGUUCAUUAUUGUUUGUGUCUAAAAUUAGAGGUCUUUUGUAUGUGCUUGCGUUUAUGCUUGAGUCGCUGUGCAAGCGUAAGUGCGGAAAAUGAAACGUAGGAAAGGCAAAAGUACUUCAUUUUCUUUGUCGUCUGUCACCUAUCCUUAUGCUUAUCUUAUUUUCUAAAUAAUGACAAACGUUUUCCUUUUUUUCUGUUUUUGUUAUACUUGUAUCGUAGGUAAAACCAGGGUUACACGUGUCAAUAGAAAAACGCAAACAUUUUAGUACUGYCAUAUUUUACGUGACUUCGCAAUUAAAUACUGAAGUAAAAAGUCAUAUCAUAAAUAAAUGUAGUUUAUAUACGUAAGUGUUUCAAGAUCACAUGGGCAUGCACUCAAAACCAAUCAAAUGUUAUGUCUCAAAYUCUAGAACAUUCUCUUUCUAUUAAAGAGAUUUUGGAAACCUAAUAGAAAAUCUAGCUAUAUAAUUUUCUUCAUUUGAAAACUUGUACACUGUACGUUUCAACGGGCGCUUAGUAGACGUACGUGUAUUGUAUAUAAGAAUUAAAGUAACRUACUUAAAUAUAAGGGUAUUGGAAGACAAGCGCAGUCAUUUACAAUAAUUAUUAGAAUAAUAACAAAGAUCUUUUUUAUAUUUAC